AUGCCUGACUCGGUUAGCGCGCCCAAGGCGGACGGGCAGUCACGGGAUGUUCCCGCAAUUCUCCAAACAGAAAAAAUUAUCUUUUUAAUUUUUGUACCAGUCAGUACUUCGAUGGGUUCUGGUCCCAUGGGGAGAAAACGAACGGGCAGUCAGACAGAGAAUGAGACAAUUGUGGCUCUGCGGGUAGAAACAGUGGAUUUCGCACACUCGACCUGUAGAUACAUCCGACGUACAUGGGAAAGCAAGCUGCUCCCUAAACUAUCUCCUGAAACAAAGCAGCUUACCCGUGACACCUGCUGUCGAUACCCAUCGAGACAUCAACCGGCUCCAACGCAGAAGAAGAUAGAUAGUCUCCAACGGCCCAUGAUCGCCGGCCAGACAGUUGGAAACGCCUCCCCAAUGGCAUCCAGUCGUGUCACGGAGCCAACGUUGCACGACAUGAUUUGUGCAGACCCGGUGGCUGCCCAAAAAAGAAGCACAUGCACGCCGUUCGAACUUCUUGAUUCUCGGCCAGGGAUCCACCUAGAUAAUGCCACUGCCCUUCCCCCGGCAAAUCAGAUUGAAGGCGCUCUCUGUGGGCUCCCGUCAAACAACCCUGAAGACAAUCACGAUCGUGUAAAGCGACUAGCGAGGUACCCAAACGAUUCCCGGCAGCGAACAGGCGGUAACGACGCAGACAGAUUGAUGCAGGCUGCAGGGAACAAGCGCGAUCUGAUCAAGAACCAGCGACCAAGGACACGGAGAGCGACUAAUGCAGCCGGCAAGGAGGUGAUCCUGGAAAGGAGCACGGAAAGAAUUCCAUCGAUCAUGGCCCAGUUCGGAGAAGACUUUGCCCAACCAGUCAAGGGACUGACCUCUCAGACUAGGAGUAAAGGGGAAUCUAGCCACUCCUCAGCAGUCAUCUUCAUCAUUCUGGCGACCACCACACCAGUAAUGGAAAAAGGAAAAUACCACUUCAGAAGAAAUUUUGAGGUUCUCCACUGGCUGUACGGAGAACAUCAGUCAGAAGCUAGGAACCGAUUCUUCGGACGCGACGGGCAGAAGCAUGUCCAAAAAGUACUUCAGUACUUUGACGACCAGCUGUUGUCUGCUUUCAUCCGCAAUGGUCCUUCUAGCGCCCUCGCCCUGCCUGUUCGCCCCCGCGACCGCGGAUGGAGCUGCGAGCGACCAGAACCAGCGCGCCAAUUUUUGCAGGUUUUCGGUCCUACGAUCGCAGACUACCAGACUUUAGUAAACGAUAGGCUCAAUUUACGCUGGGUCCAGGAGCCCUCUAAAACUACUCGGAGAACAAUCUGGAUGCUCUUCCCACCCCCGACAAAUUGGGGGAUUCGCAGCCCUCUAAGUGGGAAAAAGGAUGAUGUGCUUCUGAAGAGGUCUGUUCGCCAUUGCAUAGUACCUUGCAGAAACUAUGGGACGGGGAAUGGGCGAGGUUAUGCGACCGACGCAGGGGGAAGAAGCAGGACUGAAGACAUUGUUUCACAUGAACGGAUAGUAAUCUUACUUCUGUACUCCGUACCAAACAUCACCAACAACAAAAAUAACACGUCCAACCCGUUAUCCCCAACCAGCCACCCACCACCACCAUCAGCAACCACCGGGUUGAUGCGUGAUGAUCGCCUUGCCCCGUCCGUCAGCCUCAUCAUUAGUCUGGACGGUAGAUGCUGGAUUCCUUGUCAGUGGAGCCCUCAUCCACUGAUCCUCUCUCUUCACACGGCAUAUAGCAGCUAUACUACGGAGUACUACACAUCCCAUCCCGUUCGGAUGUAUUCUUAG